ACACACACACACACACACAUUCUGUAACUCAUGACCAUUACAUCGAUAUGAAUUGCAUCACAGGUGUGUUGUAUACACUUUAAAAGUGUGGGUCAACAACACACACAGACAGCGAAAGGAGGAGAGCAAUGCUGCCCCUCGUGGCCACUGUCAGGUCAUGCUUUCUGGGAUUACCUUGAAUGCCUCCUGGAUAAAAUAUAGAUGCAAUAUUGUAUAUAACAUUUGUCACUUAGUAAUGGCCGAUGUAGUAAAGAGAUGGUGUUGCAUUAUUGUCACAAUAGAUCUUUUUUUCCACGUAAUACAUUUUGGGCUAAAUUGAGAAUAUCUCUACUUGUCUUUGCUCCUCAAUGGUUGGAUUUCCGCUUAACUGUUAUGAGGAACAUUUCAUCACAAAGAAUAACUCGUAAUGAAUACGGCCCCAGGUGUUUUGAGUCAUUCUGGCUGAAUAUAUCUACUUAUAUAAAUAUUUAUGAUAUAAACAUAAAUAUGUGAUGCAUGUAACAGCUUUUCUUUGGAUGACCAGAAACCGGCCUCAAAGUAAACACCAAUAAUGCACUUUUUAACUGCUUGUAUGUAUAGUCCUGCGGCCCCAAGUGUCUAAAAUAAUAACUAAUUGGCUAACUAACUUAUGACAGUAGACCUUUUUCACUGCAGGCAGAAACUAUUAGUUUUACUAUACACACAUGGGUAUUUCUGAAAACCUAUUUUGUGAAAGGGGGUUUAAAAUAAAAGUUGCAUCACUCCUUCAGUAUCUACUGUUGUUGACAAAAACAAGAGUUAUCCUGGUAAAGCAGCUCUGAACAGCGUGUUUUCUGGCUUCGCGCAGCUAAUGUCACUUACGGUGAAGCAGAAGAUGCGCUGCGCCGGUAUUACGGUCAUUACGGGCACCCGUUGAUGGAGCACGUGACCUCACAGCUCAGAGAGCGAGAGAGCGCAUGCGCGCGCUACCGGUCAAUCUCCAUCACCAGCGCGGAUGAAACACCGGUCACAUUCAGAGCAGCAUCAGGGGAAAAGGCCCCGCGUCCCCGCCGCGGCCGCCUCCACCUCGGCACCAGACGGAACGAUGGACAACACGACGCCGGUGAAACCGUGGGAGCUCACCCAGAACCCCCUGAAGAAGAUCUGGAUGCCGUGUAAAAAUGGCCUUCCCGAAAAGCACAUUUCUCAAAGAAAGGUAUGUAUGACCAACUGUCCCACCCUGAUUGUGACGGUGGGCCUUCCUGCCAGGGGGAAGACCUACAUCUCCAAGAAGCUGACCCGCUAUCUCAACUGGAUCGGGGUGCCCACCAGAGAGUUCAACGUCGGGCAGUACAGGAGAAAGUGUGUAAAGAUCUACAAGUCCUUUGAGUUCUUCCGUCCAGACAACGAGGAGGGGUUAAAGAUCAGACGUCAGUGUGCCUCGGCGGCGCUGAACGACGUGCGACAGUAUCUCGCAGAUGAGGGAGGCCAAGUGGCGGUUUUUGAUGCAACGAACACCACCAGAGAAAGACGGGAAACCAUCAUCCAGUUUGCAGAGCAGAACGGCUUCAAGGUGUUCUUCGUGGAGUCCGUGUGCGAAGACCCGGACAUCAUACAGGAGAACAUCGUGCAAGUGAAGCUGGGCUCCCCCGACUACACCAACUGCAACACGGAGGAAGCGGUGGAAGAUUUCAUGAAACGGAUCAAGUGUUACGAGAACACCUACGAGCCGCUGGAUGAAGUCCUGGACAGGGAUCUCUCCUUCAUUAAAAUCAUGGACGUGGGUCAGCGCUACCUGGUCAACAGGGUGUUGGACCACAUCCAGAGCCGCAUAGUCUACUACCUCAUGAACAUUCACAUCACGCCGCGCUCCAUCUACCUGUGCCGCCACGGCGAGAGCGAGCUCAACGUCAACGGUCAAAUCGGUGGAGACUCCGGCCUCACGCCGAGAGGGAAAGAGUUUGGAAAGAGGCUGAGCCAGUUCAUCCAGGCUCAGGGCAUCAGCGACCUGAAGGUGUGGACCAGUCAGAUGAAGAGAACCAUCCAGACGGCCGAGGCUCUCUGCGUGCCCUACGAACAGUGGAAGGUCCUCAACGAGAUCGAUGCCGGCGUGUGCGAGGAGAUGAUGUACGAGGAGAUCCAGGAUCACUUUCCUCUGGAGUUCGCUCUGAGGGAUCAGGACAAAUACCGCUAUCGGUACCCCAAAGGAGAGUCGUACGAGGACCUGGUGCAGCGGCUGGAGCCCGUCAUCAUGGAGCUGGAGCGGCAGGAGAACGUGCUGGUCGUCUGCCACCAGGCCGUCAUGCGCUGCCUGCUGGCUUACUUCCUGGACAAGACGGCCGAGGAGCUGCCGUACCUGAAGUGCCCGCUGCACACCGUGCUGAAGCUGACGCCCGUGGCCUACGGCUGUAAAGUGGAGUCCAUCAGCUUGAACGUGGAGGCAGUCAACACACACAGAGAACGGCCAGAGAACGUCGAAGUGUCGCGGAUGUCCAAGGAGGCUUUGGUCACAGUGCCGGCUCACCAGUGAGGCAGUAGCCCCGCCCCCAUCCUCCUUUACCCUCCUUUACCCUCUGCAGCUUCUAGUCUUCCUUUUUGAUUGAAUCACCCGCCACCGUUCUGACCUUUUUUUCUUUUUCCUCCACUGGUAUUUUAACACACGAUGAUGAUGAUGAUGAUGGUGGUGGUAAUUGACUGGAAUCCAGUUUCUAAUUUUGGCACGGAUCUCGUGUCUCGAGCGCGUUCUCCCAUUUUUGGAGAAUGGAUGAAAAGCUGAUGAAGGGUUUCUGAACCGAUGCUGUGAAGCAAAGGAAUCGAGCAUCUUGUUGUUGUUGUGAAGUUUGUUUUCUUUAUAUAUUUUGCCUGCUGAACUGAUUUCACGAUGUUAACUUGUCUCGAUUCAUUUUUCCAUUGGUAGAAGUCGGGUCACUCUUAGUUUGACAGAAGUUGUGCCUUUUUUUCUAUAUGUUGCACAUUUAAAAAAAAUCAACUCUUGUUUAUUUUCUUAUCGAAUGUCCUCGUUUGCAGCCUCUUGUUGUCGGAUGUUUAACACUAAUGAAGGUCCUCCAGGUACGCUCAUUGUUUCUGUUCAACAAUGUGAAGAAGCCUACAGUAUAACGAGAGGAAAUAUUUCUGUUAUGUUCCUAAAUAAACUGAAUUUAACUUUA